AUGGCAUUACAAAAUACUACCACAGUUACAGACUUUAUCUUGCUUGGCUUCCCUCUGUCUCCUGAAUUAAAGAUGCUCCUGUUUACCUUGGUGUUAGUUUCCUACUCAGUCACUCUGGUGGCCAACAUGCUAAUCAUCACCACUGUCCAGAUGAAUGCAAAGCUCCAAAUACCCAUGUAUAGUUUUCUCACUCACUUCUCUCUGAUGGAAAUUGGUUACACCACAGUAAAUAUUCCAAAAAUGCUGAAUGGACUCUUGGUUGAGACUGAAACCAUAUCAAGAAAUGGAUGUCUGACACAGUUUUACUUUACAUUUGUUUUUGGUUCUAUUGAAAAUGUUCUCUUAGCCAUUAUGGGCUAUGACCGUUACUUGGCCAUCUGUAACCCUUUACGUUAUCCAUCCAUAAUGACCAAUUCUGCUUGUUGUUGGUUAUGCCUUGGGUCUUGGAUUGCUGGAUGCCUUGGCUUCUUGAUGCCAACAAUCUGGGUAUCUAAGUUAGUUUUUUGUAAUGACAGAAGGAUUGACCAUUUUUUCUGUGAUUUUGGACCACUGGUGAAGCUCUCCUGCUCCGAUACCACAAUGGCAGUGAGGAUUUUCUUUGGACAGGCUUGGAUCCUGAUUUUAAGCUGUUUUGUUGUGAUAAUAAUUUCAUAUAUCUUCAUAGUAUCCACCAUUCUGAAAAUCCCCUCCAUAAGGGGUCAGCAGAAAUGUUUUUCUACUUGUGCGUCUCAUUUUACCGUGGUUAGUAUUUUCUAUGGUACAAUUAUUUUCUCAUAUGUGAGGCCAUCAGCUGGAAACACAUCUUAUAUGGACAAAACCAUAUCAGUGUUCUACGCUGUGGUGACCCCAUUGCUUAAUCCUAUUAUUUACAGCCUGAGAAAUGAAAGCAUUAAAGUAGCAAUGCAAAGUAUGAGUAAAAAGUUACUAAAAUAUGAUUUGAAGGACAAAUAA